AUUGUUCCGCUAAAUUGUGCCUCCGCUAUUACAUCGUCCAAAAUGACGAUCAGCCAAUUACUAGGCGAGUUCCAAGCUUCCAAGAUUGAUGCGUAACAACUUUCUUUGUAUUAAGCCACGUCUAGAAUUCUCUCUAUAUAUUAUCAUUCACUUCCUCCUUGACACUUUCCCUCUGGCAUCAAACACAUUCAGAGAAACAGAAACUACUCUCAGUUGAAUUUACCAACAACUAUCAAAAACAAAAAGCUAUUGUAAGUUACAAGCUACUCUCCGUACUUCUUACUGUGGGUACGAUAUCAUGGCGGUGCCACAAAUAUGACGACACAGCCAUUCCAAGCUCAAGUCUACACCAAUCGAGCCCGCACAGCACCAUAAACAACCAGAAUCAGAAACUAACAACUUUUUCACUGCAGACCUCAGCACCACUCAACACCACAUCAACCUCACUCAAACCACUCAAACACAACUCAAAAUGUGUACCUCAACCUCCACCGGUCUCGUCAACCGCAACGGUCCUGGCUCCGCAGCCUCGUCUACUAUCUCUGAUAUCGUGAAGGGCACAAACACAACUGGAAAGACAAAGUGCAUAGAGUGUGAUGGUUAUGAAUGCUGUUGUAUUCCUAUUCCUUGCACUGUUAUGUGAGAGAUGCAAGAUGUACUUGGGUGAUUGAAGAUGCAGAAAAAGGUCAUCGUGACGUGCUAGGAAAAGGGGAGGCGAAUUUUGGAAUACCAUAUGGGAUGAGAGUUU